AUGUCGAUGGGCAGACGCGGACUACGCUCGGCGAGAGAUCAAGCGGGAUGCGUUGAAGAAACAAGCAAUGAGGAGUCAAAGCAGAGUCAGUUCAUGAGAGCACCGAUGGAGCCAAAGCCAGACUUGCUCAUGAGAGCCAUUUUCGAGGACGGGGAGCGUGACUCCGAAAGUGCGUUCCGCAGCGCAGUCGAUCUUGUCAACAACGACCCUGCGCAUUCCCUCACCAGGUUCAGACUUGCUGGAGUCAUCCAGAGGAUACCGUCCCAUGAUGCCUUUCACGCUCGGAAAGCAGCUUGCAAGCUCCUGUCGAUGGGUGUGAUGGCCAUCGUGGGACCGAGUUCGGGCCCCGGUUCCGCUGCCGUGGAUGCCGCGUGCAAGCGAUCACGUGUCCCCCACCUCGUUACUCGUGCGCCUGGAAGCGGCAUCAGCGACGGCGGCGCCAACACUGACGGAGACGGCGGCGGUGACUCGUCGUCCAUCUCGAUCCGAGUGUCGCCUCGGCGUGCCCAUCUAGGAUCGGCAAUCAAAGGACUCCUCGACGCUAAGGGCUGGAAGUCGUUCACGCUCGUCUACGAAGACAGUCUCACUAUCCUCCGACUUCGAGAAGUGCUGCGCUUGUCCCCAACCGGUGAUGUCACCUUUCGACUACGGCAGUGCGCUCCCGGUGAAGAGCUACGCAAGGUGUUUCGUGAAGUGGGACGAAGAGGCGAAUCAAACAUCCUGUUGGACGCGCCGACGCAUCGCGUCAAAGAAUACUUAAAGCAGCUGUUCAUGUCACACCUUCCCGAGUUCUUCGUGUCGUGUUGUCCGUAUGCAAAAACACUCAGUGACCUCCAGGAAUCGGUCAUAGGACAAAUGAAUUAA